UCGGCGCGGCGGCCACGACCGUGACCUCACGGGGAGGGGCCAGCGCGGCCGGCGGGGCGCCCAGCCCAGAGCGCAGCACCCGAGGCCCGAGCCGCGGCGCGAGGAGCGCAACGCCCCGGCCCCGAUGGAGCGGUACAAAGCACGGGGGUGUUGCUGUCUGGUGGGACACAGCCGCGUCCUGCAGGCCUCCGCGUCCCUGGAGCAGCUGCUGACGGAGCUGGAGGACUUCCUGAAGAUCCUCGAGCAGGAGAAGCUGAGCAGCACCGCCCUGCUGAAGAAGAGCAGCCUGGCCGAGCUGCUCCGGCUCUACGCCAAAAGCAGCAGUGCUGAUGAAGAGUACAUUUAUAUGAACAAAGUGACAGUCCCCCAUCAACAGAACGUGGACCCCCCCGACAGAGCGCCCCAGGACCCGAGCCCGCUCACCAACGGGGAGCCCGCCCAGCACUCCUCGGCCCCCCAGAAGAGUCUUCCCGACCUCCCGCCACCCAAGAUCGUCCCCGAGCGCAAGCAGCUGCCCGUCCCGAAGACUGAGGCCCCGGAAGGCUACUACGAAGAGGCCGAGCCCUACGACGCAUCUCUGAACGAGGACGGGGAGGCCGUGAGCAGCUCCUACGAGUCGUACGAUGAAGAGGAGAACAGCAGGGGCAAGUCCGCGCCUCACCAGUGGCCCUCGCCCGAGGCCAGCAUCGAGCUGAUGCGCGACGCCCGCAUCUGUGCCUUCCUGUGGCGGAAGAAGUGGCUGGGCCAGUGGGCCAAGCAGCUGUGCGUCAUCAAGGACUCCCGCCUGCUGUGCUACAAGUCGUCCAAGGACCACAGCCCCCAGCUUGACGUGAGCCUGCUGGGCAGCAGCGUCGUGCACAAGGAGAAGCAGGUGCGGAAGAAGGAGCACAAGCUGAAGAUCACGCCCAUGAACGCCGACGUCAUCGUGCUGGGGCUGCAGAGCCGCGACCAGGCGGAGCAGUGGCUCAGGGUCAUCCAGGAGGUGAGCGGCCUGCCCUUCGAGGGCACGUCCGAGGGGAACCAGUACACACCAGACGCCCUGCGCCUCAACUGCCAGAAGCCCGACCUCACAGAGAAGUACGUGUCCACCUCUGAGUACGGGAGCCCCGUCGAUGGCCACUUGGACGUCCCCGAGACCAAAGAUGUCAAGAAGAAGAGUUCUGCUGGCCUCAAACUGAGCAACCUCAUGAACCUGGGCCGGAAGAAAUCCUCCUCGCUGGAGCCGCCGGAGCGGCCCCUGGAGACAGCCAAUUACCUGAACGUGCUGGUGAACGGCCAGUGGAAGUCCCGCUGGUGCUCCGUGAGGGACAGUCACCUGCACUUCUACCAGGACCGGAACCGGAGCAGGGCGGCCCAGCAGCCCCUCAGCCUGGGCGGCUGCGAGGUGGUCCCCGACCCCAGCCCCGACCACCUCUACUCCUUCCGCAUCCUCCACAAAGGCGAGGAGCUGGCCAAGCUGGAGGCCAAGUCCUCUGAGGAGAUGGGCCACUGGCUGGGCCUCCUGCUGUCCGAGUCCGGCUCCAGGACGGACCCCGAGGACUUCACCUACGACUACGUGGACGCGGACAGGGUGUCCUGCAUCGUGAGCGCGGCCAGAACCUCGCUGCUGCUGAUGCAGAGGAAGUUCUCGGAGCCCAACACGUACAUCGACGGUCUGCCCAGCCAGGCCCGCCCCGAGCUGCUGUACGACGACGUGGAGGUGUCAGAGCCGCCAGCGGUGGAGCCCCCCGAGGCGGGCAUCCCCAUGCCGGACACUGGCCUGGAGAGCGAGUCGGACCGCGUGUACCUGGACCUCACGCCCAUCAAGUCCUUCCUGCACAGCCCAGCGGGCACCCAGGCCGGCUCCCCCCCUCGGCCAGAGCCCCCCACCGAGGCCGUCCCCACGGACCUGGGUCCCACCCCCGGUGAGCCCCCUGGGCCCCCGCCAGAGACCGUCUGCAGGGACCCACAGCAGGUGCCGUGGGGGGGGCCCGAGCCCAGGGAGCCGCCCCUGAGGAGCACCACCGUGAAGAUCCAGCUGGAGCAACAGAACAUCUCAUUUCCGCUGAGCUGCCCCGACGUGGCGGCGGCCGGCACCCCGCCUGGGGCCAGCCCCCCCGUGAGGGACAGGCUCAGGGUGGCCACUGCAGAGAUCAAACUGGGCAAGAACAGGACGGAGGCCGAGGUGAAGCGCUACACGGAGGAGAAGGAGCGGCUGGAGCGGAAGAAGGAGGAGAUCCGGGCGCACCUGGCGCAGCUGCGGAGGGAGAGGCGGGAGCUGAAGGAGAGCCUGUCGGCCUGCACAGACAAGGGCAUCCUGGCCAGCCUGGAGCAGAAGCUGCGCGAGGUGGACGAGGAGUGCCGCGUGGAGGAGAGCAGGCGUGUGGACCUGGAGCUCAGCAUCGUGGACGUGAAGGACAACCUCAAGAAGGCCGAGGCGGGCCCUGUGACACUGGGCACCACCGUGGACACCACCCACCUGGAGAGCGCGAGCCCCCGUCAACCCAAAGCUGCCGUCCCCUCCAGCCCUGCCCCAGACUGUACCCCGGUCAACUCGGCCACGGCGCUCAAGAACAGGCCCCUCUCCGUCCUGGUCACGGGCAAAGGCACCGUCCUGCAGAAAGCCAAGCACCUCUGUGACAGGGCGCGUCCGUCCGUCUGUCCAGAAGGGAGCGCCAGGAUCGGGGAGCCUCGGCCCGGCGGAGCCUCGACUUUCUCAGAGCCAAAGGAAAUGAGCCGGGGGGGCUCCUUCUGCCAGGCGCACACGUCACCGUCUGCGGGGGCUCCUGCUGGCCGCGGCCGCCCCCGGCUCGACCGACCCUUUUAAGUAUGAAAAGCUUCCACGGUGGAGACUUCUGAGACAGACCGAGCGAGCAGGGCAUUAUGUCCCUGGUCACGAGGCUCCGCUCCCUGGCAUGACCACUGUCCCUGCACCUGGACCACGGGAGGCCACAACAGCCCUGGCCCCCACCGGCGUGGCGACGGGUCCCACUCGGCCUCCUGGGGUUCUCCAUAGCUGGAAGCGCGCCUAUGUCUGGCCAUCAAGCAUCUGCUCGUCAAGAAAUGUCCCGUUAGGGAUCAAUCAAGCAUUGGGGAUCAGUCAGGCGGAAGCCUGGCCUCUUCCACUAAGGAAGGGCUCCCUUUUCAGCCUAACAUGGGCCUGGUCAUUUUUUUUU